AUGUCGUCAAAUUCUACAAGUACGGAAUCCAGUGUGCCAACGGCAUCACCCAGUUCCCAGGCUCCCUCUGUAGCGUCGACGACGAGUCUUCCCGAAUCGUCGCCGUCGAGUAGUUCAUUCUCCUCUUCAACGGUCCCUUCCAGUACCUCAGCUAACCCUAGCCCUUCCCCAGCUACUUCUUCUUCUCUUUCUACCACUCCGGAAUCAAACACGCCAACAACGCCUCUACCCUCUACCUCGACAAUCCAGUCGACUACCCAAGUCCCUACCGUCCCGACAACCCCUACACAAACUCCGACUACCAAUCCCCCAACAACCACAACUCAACAACCCAGCACAGUAACCCAGACUCCGACAACAUCACCUAUAGCAAUUCCUACGCCGUCUACUUCCAUCAUCACACAAGAUGGUAGCACACGAACAGUCCUAAUAACCUCAACGGCACAGCCGACGUCUCCAACGGGAGUAGCCACUGGCUCAUCCUCCUCCUCGUCCUCAUCUGCGUCUUCAACUGCUGGUUUACAAGGAGGAGCCAGUAGCUCGGGUAGCUCGGGCCUAAGCAAAGGUGGUGUAGUAGCUGUCGCUGUCGUUGUUCCAAUCGUGGCUGUGACGCUGCUCGUCCUCGCCGCACUUUUCUUGUGGAGGAAACGAAAAGCACGUAAAGAUGCAGAGGAGUUAAGGCGUAAAGAGGUAGAAGAAUACGGCUACAAUCCCAACAAUGAUCCUACUCUUCCUGCUGUGGCCGGCGGCUCCGCUGGACACGAUGGUCCUUUUGAGAUGCGCGAGGAUGGCUCUUCUGGAUAUCGAGGAUGGGGUACUACCACAGCUGUGGGUUCAUCGGGUCGAAAAGCCUCCACAACAAUUUCUGGUGGGCAAUCUGCCGGUGGAAUCGGCAUGGCAUACUCGGAAGGCACGUCUCCAACACAGGGUCCAACGUCGGACACCCGAUCGGACAACCCGUUGGUUGGUGAGGGUCAUUCUGUCGAAGGCCAUCCAGGUGAAACAGAGGCUUUGGGUGCGAUGGGCCCUGCUGCAUCAGGUAACCGGAACGGAGACAUAAAUCGCGGACCAUCGAACGCAUCGUCGUCCUACAGCGCCGCUGGCAGAUCUGAUGGCUCUGGCGAGAUGGGAGGAUAUGGCGGUGCCUACAACCAAUAUGAUGCCGCUGGUAACCCAUACAACGGAGAAACACCAUUCGGCAGUCCACCAGGGAGGGCCGAAAUGGGUGGUCAGCCGGUCAUUCGCGAUGUACAAGCUCGACGAAAUACUCGAAUCGAGAAUCCGGCUCACUUCCCACAGCAAAGUGCUGGAAUAUCACAAAACUUCUAA